AUGUAUGUGGGCUAUCUGUUGGAUAAGGAAACCAACAUGUACCCUAACUCAGUCAGGCAUCCUAGCCUGAACCUCAGCCCUCAGAAUUAUGUGCCUGUGCCCCCUCAAUACUCGGAUUUUGCCAGCUACCACCACGUGCCAGGGAUUAACAGCGACCCUCAUCAUGGACAACCCGCGGGCGCCUGGGGCUCUCCAUACACUCCCACCAAAGAGGACUGGCACUCUUAUGGCGCAGGAGCCCCUUCCUCUGUCGCUAACCCGGGGCAGCUAGGAUACAGCCCCCCUGAUUUCAAUACAAUACAGCCACCAGGCUCUGGACAGCUGCCUCCGCCCAUGAGCGGCUCACUACCCCAGCUCUCGCCAAAUGCGCAAAGGCGCACACCUUAUGAAUGGAUGAGACGCAACGUUCCCACCAGCAGCAACAGCGACAACGGCAAGACCAGAACAAAAGACAAGUAUCGGGUUGUGUAUACAGACCAUCAGCGCUUGGAACUAGAGAAGGAAUUUCACUACAGCCGCUACAUCACCAUCCGGCGGAAAGCAGAACUAGCAGCAACACUAGGACUCACUGAGCGGCAGGUGAAAAUCUGGUUCCAGAAUAGGAGAGCAAAGGAGAGGAAAGUGAACAAGAAGAAGAUGCAGCAGCAGACACAGCCUGCCAGUACAACCACACCCACUCCUCCAGCAGUUGGUACCCCUGGUUCAAUUGGAGGCAUCUGCAGCAGUACCACCAACCUGGUUUCCUCUUCACCAAUGACUAUCAAAGAAGAAUUUAUGCCUUAAGUCCAGCCCUUCCAUUUGAUCUGCAUAUAAACUUACACAGAAAUAUAUGGAUUAACCAUGAGAAUCAAACUAGCUGGCAGGCUUUAGAAAACUUACACAGAGGCAACGCUAUCACUGCUGAACCAAUGAAGCUAUUUCCUCGUAUCCCAGUGGAUUAUUUAUAUGAUACCACUGGGGAGAAAAUCA